AGUACCGUAGGCCCUACUAGAAAUUCAAAUUUCAAUUUAAUAAUUUUGCUAGUAAAAAUGUCACUAAAAUGCACUGAAAAUGAAAUGAAGACAAACCUUAGACUUCGUCACUAGAUAAAAAGUAAGAUGGAGCCUGGAAUAUGCAGAUGUAUUCAAUUUUAGCGGCUCAAGAUUCACAGAAUGGAAUUUGUCGAGCAAGUUCAACCAUGUCAACUUGAUAUUGCGGCCAGCUGCUGUUAUGAUGAUGUGUACGGGAAUUUGCAACGUAGCUCCCCGGGGCGGCCGCGGCGCAGCGUAGCUCCUCGUUGUAAUGGUGCCGUGGUACUGGUCGAGGCUUGAGCAGCCGAGUCGAGUCCCUCUAUCGAUGGGUGGUGGGUGUGUUCACCGAAACGAAAAUGGCAGCCUCCAUGCGAGUCAUGUUACAGUGCAAUAUCAACAAGUUUUUGCUUGCUCCUGCUUCGUGGAGACCACUUGCAAGGACACUGAACGUUUCGUAUGCACGCAGCGGCAAGCAAAAUGAAGAUUCAUCAAUUGAAAAUAAUCCUUUCUAUGAAAAAUAUGCAGACAAGAUAAAGAAUUUACAGAGGUCCAACCCUGAAGAAUACCAAACCCGUCUUCAUGUGAUGAAAGAAGGGGAAAAGAAAGAUGUUAAUACUCAGAAUCAAACUCCAACUUUAUCAGACCAACCAAGGCCAAAAUUACUGUCUGGAAACAGUGGAGAAGAUAAGGGACUGGACUCCGUUGUGAAGAUCGAUCUCCUUAGAAAACAUUCUGCCGAAGAAAUAACAGAGAUAUGGAGAGACUUUCACAGAGAAAAGGAUAUUAUCUGUGCAGUUAUACCUAAAGACACUUAUGCUAAGAUUCACCAGAAGGCGAAAGAGUUCCCUAUGUUCUUAUAUCCACUACCCAUGGAUGAGGGCUAUGAGUUCUUCUUUGCUCAGUUCCACAGUAACAGCUUCUAUUUCACAUCAGUAAUUAAUUAUCAGGCAUACCAAGAAAAUGCUCCUGCUCUGUUAACCAUGACCCAUUAUCCUGAGCUUCAAGAAGAAAAAGGAAUUGUUCUAAUGAGGGGAGAGUUGGACACAAAAUUCUUGACCGUUCAACAAGCCCAGUUCUUUGCCAACCAAGUCCAGCUCUAUUUUGCUUCAGACGAUGCUGACAGAAUGCGGUUGCUCAGAGACUUUAACAAGAGACCUGCAGAUUUCAAGCACAUGGACCUGAUAGAUCAGCUCUCGAAAUCUACCGUCAACCUGAGCUAACCCUCUGGCCACUUAGAAAUUAUGGACACUGGACGAUUUGAAGAAAAGUUGAGUCAAUUCAAAACACGUGUCGUGGCCCAGUGGAUUAGUCUCUCGCCUUUAAACAGAGGGUCGUGGGUUCAAAUCCCAGCCAUGGUGUAGUUUCCUUCAGCAAGGAAUUCAUCCACAGUGUGCUGCACUCGACCCAGGUGAGGUAAAUGGGUACCGGCAGGAAGUAAUUCCUCAAAAAGCUGUGUGCACCUGAAUAGGUAGCCUAGCUUAGCCGGGGUAAUAAUAAUAGCAGGGCCCACUGGGAGAACAGUUUUUGGAACUGAAGUGGCUACCCUGGGUAAAUAUACCGUUAUUAUUAUUAUUAUAAUGAUCAGCGAGAGCUAACCAUAUUAUUUGCUCAUCUCACCAAUUAGAAUACGGAUGCUCUGAUUUUUCCAGGAAAAGACUAUUGAUAAGGUCAAGCUGACACAUUCUUGCUUAUCUCGCCAGUUAGAGAAUGUGAAGAUUUGAAGAAAAGACUUGUCAAUUUUAUGACCAUGUUGAUGAUUACUCUAAAAAACCACUGACAACUGCUUCUGGAUGCUGGCAGAUGAAAACAGAAGACUAGUCAAAUAUUGAAUUAAACGAGUUUGUACUUAAUAUGAAGAGAUUUUAUUCCCAGAAUCAAGCUGUAUUGUACAUGUCUUCGUUACGGCAUGAUCUAGAUGAAUGGAAUUCUGUGGAGGCUGGCAUUUAAGGAGGCAGUCUUUGUUAAGCAACAAAGGAUUUUUGCAUUUCAACUUGGCAAACAAAUCGUUACAUGAUGCAAGGGAGUCAUUAUAACAGCAAAAAACAUUAUGACAAAAUAUCACUUCGAUACCAAGGUCCUCUUAGUUCCUUUGACUUGAUAGUAGGAAAGUACUAACAUAAGAUUCCAUAGGUGGGGUUGGGUGUCUUUCUUAAGCAUCAGGAAGAUUUAUUAAUGUCAGAUUGUGAUUAUUUUGGGAAUCAAAUUGCAACCAGUGUAAGCAUAACACAUGUAGUGUGUCCUUUUCCCAUUAAUUAAUCAUUGCCAAUGUCUUGUAAAUAUUGUAGUUAGUACAUGAUUGAAAAUUAAUCAAACAAGAAAUGUAUUAAGUAAAAGAAAAUACAUUCUAGCUGUCUUUCGAUGUCUACCAAUACAAUCAAGUGUUUCAUAAAGCUGUUCGUAAGUUACGCACAAAUUUAUGAAUGACUGGUGACCCUUCUUGGAUUGUAAAUCAAAUUUUUGAUAUUUUGUUUCCCAU